GGUGUGAUUGCAGCGUGACUUCUGCUUUCUCGGGGGCUUUAAAGAGGAAGCAGAGCUGUGCAAAGGCAGAAGGGAGGAGAGGACGCUGAGACAGCCGGAGAUUCAGGAACAGGAGCUGGAGCUGGAAGCAGCUAUGGAAGAUCCUUUCAUCCGGCAUAUCGAGCUGCUGGGCUACGAGAAAAGGUUUUACCCCAGCCAGCACUACGUCUACAUGUUCCUGGUGAAGUGGAAUGACCUCUCUGAAAAGCUCGUCUACCGCCGGUUCACCGAGAUAUACGAGUUCCAUAAAGCACUGAAGGAGAUGUUCCCCAUUGAAUCCGGGGACAUCAACAUGGAGAAACGGAUCAUCCCACACUUGCCAGCCCCGAAGUUGUUUGAUGGGCAGCGCUCAACCCAGAACAGACAGGGCACACUGGCUGAGUACUGCUAUGCACUGGUCAACCUGCCCCACAAGAUCUCCCGGUGCCUGCAUGUGGUCAACUUCUUCAAGGUCCGACCCGAUGACAUGAACCCCAUCACGGACAGCCAGAUCAAGAAGCCUGAGGUCUUCCUCCUGCCAAAGGAUGCCAAGAAAAGCUCCUCUGACAUCACGGGCCCCAUUGUCCUGCAAACAUACCGAGCUAUCGCUGACUAUGAGAAGAGCUCCACAUCCGAGAUGGCUCUGCAAGCUGGGGACAUGGUGGAUGUCGUGGAGAAGAACGAGAAUGGUUGGUGGUUUUGCCAGUUGAGGAAUAAACGGGGCUGGGUGCCAGCUGCCUAUCUGGAGCCAUUGGAUGGUCCCGACGAGUCUGAAGAGCAGGAGCCCAACUAUGCAGGUGAGCAGUACGUUGUCCAGAAAAGCUACACAGCUGUGGAGGAGGAUGAGCUGUCCCUCAAGGAGGGUGAUGCCAUCGAAGUCAUCCACAAGCUCCUCGAUGGCUGGUGGGUCAUCAGGAAGGACGAAGCCACGGGCUAUUACCCCUCCAUGUACCUGCAGAAAGCCGGGGAGGCAAACACCUCCGUGAAGAGUGGGCUGAGGAACCGGAGCGCUCCUCCGCGGAGAUCCACCAUCCGAAAUGCAAAGAGCAUUCACAAGCAGGGCCGGAAACGCAUCAGCCAGGAGACCUACAGGAGGAACAGCAGGAAGUACAUCCAGAGCCGGAGGAACACGAAGGAGACUUUACAGAACAAGGCCAACAUCAUCAUUGAGAAAAACGAGCAUGAGGAGAACAAACCCAAGGCUCAACCUGCUGUUCCUCCCCGUCCCAGCAAAGACCUCAUCCUGAAUCGUUGUACCGAGAGCACACGGAGGAAGAUCCUAUGAGCUCCCAGCACCAAUCCGCUAAUGCUUUAUCUCCACCAGCUCCUGUGCAACAAGGCUCAGGGCCAGACCUGGGGAUCGAGGUGGCUCUGGUGGCCACCACAGAUUCCGGGCAGCUGCCAGCUGGAUAGGUGCAGCCCAGCACUGACCUUCAUCCACUGGCAUGGCAAGCCCGAGAUGUCUUAAUGACACCAUGAGAAGGGACCGAGCACCACUCCACUGGCUCCUGCAAGGCUGAGACCUCUGCAGCCACUGGAGACCCCUCACCACUGGACUCCCUUUUGUCCUCUAUUUGUAUUUUGAAUGAUUUUGUGGGUUUUGCUAAUAAAAGAGACACU